UCAUUUUACUGUAUUUAUGUUUCGCGUUACUACCCAUUAAAUGUCACGGUCACUGCGUCGCGCGAAGCGUAAAAGUGGCGACGAGGAUUUUGUGUUUUUCGCGUGAAGUGACAGAGUUAUCAAACAAAAGAAAAUUUUUCCACCCACGAGGAAGAGGCGCCGGUUGGACGCCAGUAUGGAUUCACCACCAGGGAGGAACAUAGCACCUCCAGCACUAAAUGGUACACAUCCGCUGCCACCGGGGCAUCAACUACCUCAUCCAGGAGAAAAUCAGCAACAUACGGCAAAUCCAGGAGCACAGUUUCUUCGCCCUCCUUUAUUGCAGCAAGGAACACAACCUCAAACUCAACAGCAGCAGCACAUGCCAUCCAUACAAGCCGAUCCGAUCAUGCAAAUCCUGCAACACCUACAGCAACAACAAUCAGCAAUCAAUCAUUUGUUGCACCAGCAGCAGGAAGCGUCGCAACGACAGCAGCAAGCAUUUCUACAACAACAGGAGCAGCUUAUUCACUCAACAAUUCGAGCGUUCCAGCAACCAGCAUCACAUCCGGAGCAAAUACUAGACUCUCUAGCAAGUAACAUAAUUGAGUUUCGUUAUGAGCCGGAUAAUGGGGUUACGUUUGCCGCUUGGUAUACGCGAUAUGAUAGCCUAUUUACAAAGGAUGCAGAGCGGUUGGACGACGAGGCGAAGGUGCGGCUAUUACUCAGAAAACUUGGUCCAUCGGAACACGAACGCUACGUGAGCUACAUCUUACCGAAGACUCCAAGGGAAGUGACGUUCGAAAGUACGGUGGUGAAGCUAAAAGGUUUAUUCGGAACAGCAGAGUCUCUCAUCAGUCGUCGAUAUCGUUGUCUCCAGGUUAUCAAGCAGCCGGGUGAAGAUUAUAAAACGUAUGCAUGCCGGCUCAAUCGACUUUGUGUCGAAUUCGAAUUAGCCAAGAUGGAUGAGGAGCAGUUCAAAUGUUUGUUAUUCGUAUGCGGUCUGAGAUCUGAAGGAGAUAGUGAAAUCCGGACGAGAUUAUUGACUCGCAUCGAAGAAAAUACAUCAGUGACGUUGGAACACAUUUCCGACGAGUGUCAAAGACUACUUUCGAUUAAGCAUGAUACAGCUAUGAUCGAAUCGUCAGCAUCCGUCAAAGCGCUUAAGCGUAAUAAUCCUUUCGCGAAGCAGCAGUUCAAGCAAGAGAAAGGUCAUCAUAAAUCGAAAUUCGGCAAAUCGGCUAGCGCUGGUCCAGCUACCCCCUGCUGGAAUUGUGGUGCCAUGCAUUAUGCAAAGGAUUGUACCUACGUCAAGCACAGGUGCAAUGAAUGCGGUCAAUAUGGUCACCGGGAAGGUUAUUGUUCAAGUGCAAGGAAGUCAAGCAACUCGGUGAAAAAGAAGAAGCACCAUUCGAUGACAACCAACACAGUUCUAGUGAGCAGCGUGAAGAAGCAGCGAAAAUUUGUAACAGUGCAGUUAGCUGGAAAUCCGGUCCAACUACAACUUGAUACAGCGUCCGACAUUAGUGUUGUUUCGGAACAGACGUGGAGAAGAAUCGGUCAACCUUCAUUAAAAAAAGUGACAAUCAAUGCAUCCACGGCGUCGGGGCACCCACUGCAGCUUGAGUCGGAGUUUUCAUGCGAAGUCACUUUCGGAGGUAUCAGUCGCAUAGGUCGUUUCUACGUCGUCAAGCAACCAUUGCAUUUAUUGGGAAUCAACCUAAUCGACACAUUCAACUUAUGGUCGGUUCCUAUGGAAAACUUUUGCAAUCAAAUCAGCUGUUUCAAACUCACCUCAGAAUCUCUUGGGCAAUUGUUUCCAUCCGUAUUUUCAAAUACACCGGGCCUGUGCACCAAAGCAAAGAUCCAUCUUACGCUGAAGACAGGUAAGACACCAGUGUUCCGUGCAAAGCGUCCAGUAGCGUAUGCAAUGUAUGACAGCGUAAACCAAGAGCUCGACCGAUUAGAACAUGCCAACAUCAUUACCCCGGUGGAGUACAGUGAGUGGGCUGCGCCAAUUGUUGUGGUUCGGAAGGCGAAUGGUGCUAUAAGAAUUUGUGGCGACUACUCGAGUGGUCUUAAUGAGGCUCUUCAACCGCACCAAUAUCCGCUACCUCUUCCACAAGACAUCUUCGCAAAAUUAGCAAAUUGCAAGGUGUUUAGUCAAAUUGACCUGUCAGAUGCAUUUCUGCAGGUCGAAGUGAGCGAGAACUCAAGGGAUCUGCUAACGAUCAAUACACAUCGGGGCCUAUAUCGCUACAACCGGUUGCCACCAGGAGUAAAAGCAGCACCGGGAGCAUUCCAGCAACUGGUCGAUACAAUGCUUACUGGUCUCAAACGCACCGCUGGCUACAUCGACGAUGUGAUAAUUGGAGGGACUGAUGAAGCGGAUCAUGAGAGGAAUUUAAAAGCCGUAUUGCAUCGCAUUCAGGAAUAUGGCUUCACGGUUAAGUUGGAAAAGUGCUCUUUUGGGCAGAAUCAAAUAAAAUAUGUGGGACAUCUUAUCGAUCAACAUGGGCUGCGCCCAGAUCCCGCCAAAAUUCAAGUGAUUCAAGCUCUACCACCACCAUCAGAUGUUUCCGGAGUCCGCUCAUUCCUCGGGGCGAUUAAUUAUUAUGGGAAAUAUGUCUCCGGAAUGCGAACGUUACGUUAUCCUCUCGACGAGUUACUGAAAGUUGGAAGAAAAUUCGAAUGGUCACCAGAAUGUCAGAAAUCAUUUGAUAAGUUUAAACAAAUUCUGUCUUCCGAUCUCCUGCUCACCCAUUACAAUCCGGAACUGCCUAUCAUCGUGUCGGCUGAUGCCUCUUCAGUAGGCGUUGGAGCUACAAUAAGCCACAAGAUGCCUGAUGGAGCUAUCAAGGUAGUACAACAUGCUUCCCGGGCACUCACACCGGCUGAAAAGCAAUACGGCCAACCGGACCGCGAAGGCCUUGCCAUCGUGUACGCUGUGACCAAGUUCCACCGAAUGUUGUACGGUCGCAGUUUUCUUCUUCAAACGGAUCAUGCUCCUCUUCUCCGAAUAUUCGGAUCCAAGACUGGAAUACCAGUGUAUACGGCGAAUAGAUUACAACGGUGGGCAUUGCAGCUAUUAUUGUACGAUUUCCGUAUAGAGUACGUCAGCACCGACAAAUUUGGGAAUGCGGAUAUUCUUUCACGCCUUAUAGCGCACCAUGCAAGACCAGAAGAAGAUUAUGUCAUAGCCAGUGUAAUACUUGAGAAAGAUUUGAGAUCAGUCGCCACAAAUACCAUCAAAUUUGUUCCUCUCAGCUUUAAAGCAGUUCAACAUGCGACCCAAAAAGAUCUGGUACUUAGAGAAGUGCGCCGGUUCUUGCUGCAUGGUUGGCCCAAAACCAGGUCAACUAUCGCCGAUCAUAAAGUCCAAAAGUUCUACGACCGACAGGAUUCAUUAUCGGUUGUCCACGAUUGCGUGAUGUUCGGAGAGCGCCUCGUCAUUCCGGAACAAUAUCGAGAACGUUGUCUUCAUCAGUUGCAUCGAGGACAUCCCGGAAUACAUCGAAUGAAAGCAAUAGCUCGCAGCUACGUAUAUUGGCCUUCGAUUGAUGCAGACAUCGCUGAAUUUGUGAAUGCUUGCAGGGAAUGUGCAUCCGUUGCGAAGAGCCCUCCUAAGUCACCACCACAACCGUGGCCGAAAACUAUGCAGCCGUGGCAACGCGUACACAUUGAUUAUGCGGGGCCGCUUGAAGGUGACUACUUCCUGUUGAUCGUUGACUCCUUCUCGAAGUGGGUUGAGAUUGUGCGAACCAAAACUAUAACUUCAUCAGCAACGAUUUGUAUUCUACGAAGCAUAUUCGCACGUUUUGGAAUGCCGAAUACGUUAGUCAGCGAUAAUGGUGUGCAGUUCAAGAGCGCCGAGUUUGCUAUUUUUUGUCUCGACAACGCAAUCGACCACAUCACCACGGCACCGUAUCACCCACAAUCUAACGGGCAGGCCGAGCGUUUCGUCGACACGUUCAAGCGAGCCAUCCGGAAAAUUCGACAGGGAGGAGAAGACAUACAGGCAGCUCUCGAUACCUUUCUGCUUACCUACCGAACCAUCCCAAAUCCCUCUACACCAAACGGUAAAGCACCAGCGGAAGUUAUUUUCGGAAGAUCAAUUCGCACAUGCUUGGAACUCUUGCGGCCUCCAGCUCCUCCAGUACAAGUGGCUAAUAAAGAUGGAAAACUACGGUCGUUUGAUAAAGGGGAUCUGGUGUAUGCCCAAAUCCAUACUAAGAACACUUGGCAAUGGGCUCCUGCUAAAGUGCUAGAAAGAAUUGGGAGCAGUAUGUACAAUGUUUGGGCUGAGAACAGACGACUAUUAAGGUGUCACAUCAACCAGUUGCGAAACCGUUCUAUCACAGUCGUUGAUCAGCAAAUUAAGCCUAGAGAAAUCCAACUUCCUUUAGAUAUUCUUUUGGCAGAAUGGAAUCUGCAGCGUCCUAAACCAAUGACACUACCUGUGAACAACUCUGCGCCUGCUACCAUUACGUCAGAAUCGCAAAACUGUUCAACCCGGAACAGUUCUAUAAUCGAGCAUCCACCGAGUAUACGCUCAGCCGUCGGUUCAAGGCAGUUGGACCCUGGAGUGGAAGUGUCGUCAUCAGUUGAAGAUCAGCAGUUGUAUUCAAAUCCACCUACCUCUAUUAGUUCCACGCCUGAAACAACAGAAUCGACUAUACAGGUACCACGGCGAUCUACGAGGAUUCGGAAACAGCCUAAGUGGUUUGAUCCCUACAAUCUCUACUAAGAGGGGAGAUGUUGGGACCCAUGGACAUCCCUACCAUUACACGUAUGAGAAGUUUCAAUUCAGCUGUGCUCACUGUUGGCAGCCGGCCCUGUCAGCAGAUGAUGCUGUAAAGCGAGUGAUUCAUUAUGGACGAUGAAAGUGAAGCGCGUGUUACCUAACGAAUAUUUUAAUCUUGUUUUAAUAAAGUCAUUUUACUGUAUUU